CCCCCCCGCAGCGUCGACCGCCCAGCAUAGGGCGUGGUGCCCGACGCGCGGGGAAUGUCCCUGGUGGCGCUCGCGGAGACGCUAGCUCUCCUCCCCUGCUGUGGCUGUGUGUGCCGGGCUUGGCUCGCCGCGUGCCGACAUGGCCGAGCAGUCUGCCAAGGAGGUGAAGUACUACACCCUGGAAGAGAUUCAGAAGCAUAACCACAGCAAAAGCACCUGGCUGAUCCUGCACCACAAGGUGUACGAUUUGACCAAGUUUUUGGAAGAGCAUCCUGGUGGGGAAGAAGUCUUAAGGGAACAAGCUGGAGGUGACGCUACUGAAAACUUUGAGGAUGUCGGGCACUCUACGGAUGCUCGGGAAUUGUCCAAAACGUACAUCAUCGGGGAGGUUCAUCCAGAUGACAGAGCAAAGUUAAACAAGCCUUCGGAAACUCUUAUUACUACCGUUGAUUCUAAUUCCAGCUGGUGGACCAACUGGGUGAUCCCUGCCAUCUCAGCACUGGCUGUGGCCCUGAUGUAUCGCUUGUACAUGGCGGAAGACUGAAUACCUUCUGAGACACCAACACAAGACAGGAUUGCUUUGUACGAGAAGAAAAGCCAAUGUAACUACUUCAACUGACAGAAACCUUCACCUGAAAAAAUAAUUUUAAUAUGUCUGUUAACUUUUCCUCCUGCAUUAGAAACAAAACAAAAAGAACUGUCCUAUUCUUUCCACUUGAACUUCUCAAGUGUGCCUUUUUAUUCAUCAACUUUAUUUUGAUGUUUCUCCGCUAUGUGAUUUACUUAUAAGCAUGAUCUUUGAAAAAUAUAUCUGGAUUCUAAAAUAGGCCACCAUGUUUGCCUGUAUAUUUGGUAUGUAAUUGUCUUUAAUGUUUAGAAUCUCUGAUUAUUUAGAAGAAUCAUUCAAUGUGUUAUUCAUUCAGAUCCAAGGAGACUGUGGGACUUGAGGGGAAGGGAACCACCUGGAGUGUCUCCUUGUGCUGCUGCUGGUCUAAGCGAACACCAAGCGUUGCAUGUUCCCAGUGUGGCUGCUUUUUUCAGGGAGAUCAAGAAAGGCCCAGGAAUUAUAGCUUAAGGGUUUCUAGUAGUUAUUCUACUUGAAGUAGAUGACAAAAAGAGAAAGUAGCCUACAAGAUCUACGAGACUUCGUAUCUUCUCUGACUGAAAACCACCAGCAACAUAAACAAAAACCCAUGAACUGCGAGAGGAUAUCACAGCUGUCCAUUUUCUUAUGCCAAAGAGGCGCUCAGUUUAUGGCUUCUGAAGAAUUUAAGAAUUCCUCAGAGGGGAAAAUUGUUUAUGUACUCUUCUAAGGAAAUGCUGAUUCCCUAAUUUGUAAAAACAGCUUUGAAGGAGAUUGGGGGACAUUUGGAAUGUGAUUUUUGAAGAAAUUUAGCUGCUCGUGGUGACCUGCCAGGGACUCUGUCUAUUUCCUCGCUGGAACUGAUGCAGUCAUCUUACUUCCCUCCUGCUGCUCUCUGCCUUCUGCAUUGUCCUUAUUCGUGCUUUGUUCCUUUUUAAUGUUGCGACUUGACAGGUGAAUGUGUCAGACCAUGAGUAAGUCACUAGUGUGACUGUUUCCACUGCCAUGUGAGCUGACCCAGGAGCCAAGGGAGUUCUUCAGAAAUAACACAUUGGAAAGGAAUUUUAUUCUAACAGAGUACAGAUUUUUAUAAUCAAUGGCAUGUGUCACCCUUUGCCUGUUUUUGUCACUGAAAGUUGAGCUAAUUUGUAUUUCAAAAUAAAUUUCAACAGUUGUUAAGGAA